CAAAAGUUGAGGAUUAUAUAGAGUUGAAAUGACAACAAUAGGGAAAAUGAAGGGCAAGACUAGAAAAUGUUGGGCUUGAAAUUUCUGUGAGAGUAGUAUGAAAGCAGCAUAGUACAGUAGUACUAUUAUUACACCUUGCAGAGGUAUCUUCUGUGAAGCUAAUAAAACUAGCUUUAGCUGCAGCAGCUGCUCCUCUUAUCCCCAUCUUUCCUUACUUUUUCCCAGUUUUCACUCUCAAAAGUGCUGAAACCUUCGAACCCAAAUCUGACAGUAUCCCAACAACACCCUCUUUAUAAUCUUUCUCUCUCACACACUCACACAGUGGGAGAGUUGUAUGAAUAUCAGUAUAUUACAGUGAGAAAGCAAAAAAGCAGACAAAAAGAAUACCAAGCAAUAAAAGAAGAGGUGUUAAAAAAAAAAAAAAAAACACAGCUGCACCAUUGUAGAAAGCAACAACUCAAACUCCAUAUUAAACCAGAAAAAAAUAAUCAAAGGGUCUUCCAUUCUCCACUUUCUCUCUCUCUUACUUCUUUCAUUCCCUCCUCAAUAAUAAUAAUAACCCCCACCAGUUAUCCUUCCAUUCUCAUUCUUCUUCUGUGUUGUCUUUCCAAACAGACUUAUUACCUUAUACACACACAUAAAAGGGAUUUCUUUGGUCUUGAAUCAAAUGCAUGUUUCAUUUUUGUACAUAGAAAUUCGUUUAUCAUAAGGUUUUGAUCAAAGGGUCUGAGUUUCUGGUGCUUUUUUUAAAAUUUUUUUUUAUUGGAUUUUGAGGUGGUGGAGGGAGGCGGGGGGUGGUGGAUUGUGAGAGUGAGGGAUCCAAUGGAGAAAGAUCUGGCCUUUGUGUUUGGUGCUAACCGAUUUUGAAGGAUUAAGAGGCUAGUGGGGAAGGAAGAAGGAGAAAGACUGCGUUUUUAUUUUAUAUUUUUCAGGAAUUUGUUAAGCACUAGGUAAUUCAUGUCUCCUCUAUCAUACAGUAGUCUGUAUGUUUUUUUGUGUGCAUGUGUGAGUUUUUUUCGUGUCCAAAAAUAGUGCUUGUUGCAUAAAUCUAUGUGGGAUUUUGUUAUCCUUUCUUGAUUUUGAAGAUUUCUGGAAGAUUCAAAUCUUCAGACACAAACUUUCACUACUUAAUCAUAUCAUGUUAUCCGAGCUUUGUCUCAGUUUUCUAUGCAUAAGCCAUUUAUUUACAGCUUGAGAUAUAUAUUACCUGUAAUAUACACACAGAUAGUACAAGCAUUCAAACACUAGUAUCAGCUAUUUAUGACUCUUGUUUUUUUGAUUAUCUGUGGUUCUGUAUUGUUGUAUCUGUGAGAGGAAACAUGGAAUGUGAAGGGCUGUCUCGUGAAUCUUGUGUGAUGGUGAUUUGAGAGUUAAAGCUGGUGACUUUAUUCACUAAAGUUUAAAAAGAAAAAUCCUUUUGUUUGUUUUCCAGUUCAAUUUCACAUAGCUCGUUCGUAUUAUCUAGACACCUUGAGGCUUAAACUGUUCAAAAGGAAGGAUUUUUCACUUGGGUUUAAUUUAUUCUUGGGGUGAGUGAAAAGGGCCAAAAUUUCUUGGCUAAAUUCGAUAGCUUUAUUAUUAUCUUUUGCUUUUUCAAAUGAGGGGGUGAUUUGAAAUGAACAGCCAAACCAAAUGAGAUUUUGUUUCACUCUAUUUUUGGUUGAAUCGAGUCGGAAAAAAAUUGUGUGAAGGAAAGGUGUUCAUUGAUAUUGGAUUUUUGAGGCUUUGUUUUUGUACCUGUAAUUUCAGAAUUUGAAGUGAUGAUGGCGGUAACUUCGGCCUGCAAAGACGGUGGAACCAAAAUGCAAUUGGACAACGGAAAAUAUGUCCGUUACACGCCGGAGCAAGUUGAGGCUUUGGAGAGGGUGUAUCAUGAAUGUCCAAAACCUAGCUCCCUCCGGCGGCAACAGCUUAUCCGGGAAUGUCCGAUUCUUUCCAACAUUGAGCCCAAGCAAAUCAAAGUUUGGUUUCAGAACAGAAGAUGUAGAGAAAAGCAGCGGAAAGAGGCAUCACGCCUUCAAGCUGUGAACCGAAAAUUGACAGCCAUGAAUAAGCUGUUGAUGGAGGAGAAUGAUAGGUUGCAGAAGCAGGUUUCUCAGUUGGUGUAUGAGAACAGUUUUUUCCGCCAACAGACUCAGAAUGCAACCCUCGCCACAACAGACAAUAGUUGUGACUCUGUGGUGACAAGUGGUCAACCACAGUUGACUCCUCAGCAUCCCCCAAGGGAUGCCAGUCCUGCAGGACUUUUGUCCAUUGCAGAGGAGACUUUAACAGAGUUUCUAUCAAAGGCUACUGGGACUGCUGUUGAGUGGGUCCAAAUGCCUGGGAUGAAGCCUGGUCCGGAUUCCAUUGGAAUCAUUGCUAUUUCUCAUGGUUGCACUGGUAUAGCAUCACGUGCAUGCGGUCUUGUUGGCCUGGAACCUACGAGAGUUGCUGAAAUCUUGAAAGAUCGGCCCUCAUGGUUUCGUGAUUGCCGAACUGUGGACAUCCUGAAUGCAAUGUCCACUGGAAAUGGUGGAACCAUUGAACUGCUUUACAUGCAGCUCUAUGCUCCUACUACUCUGGCACCAGCUCGUGACUUUUGGCUACUAAGAUAUACAUCUGUGAUGGAGGAUGGUAGUCUUGUGGUUUGUGAAAGAUCACUGAACAAUACUCAGAACGGUCCCAGCAUGCCACCGGUUCAACAUUUUGUGCGAGCUGAGAUGUUCCCGAGUGGAUACUUGAUCAGACCAUGUGAAGGAGGUGGCUCCAUAAUCCAUAUUGUUGACCACAUCGACUUAGAGCCAUGGAGUGUUCCUGAAGUGAUCCGUCCACUGUAUGAAUCAUCAACUUUGUUGGCUCAGAAGACAACCAUGGCGGCUUUACGCCAGUUGAGGCAGAUUUCUCAAGAAGUUUCUCAGCCUACUGUUUCGGGUUGGGGAAGAAGACCUGCAGCAUUACGGGCCCUUAGCCAAAGACUGAGCAAGGGUUUCAAUGAAGCUGUGAAUGGUUUUGCCGAUGAGGGAUGGUCAAUGCUUGACAGUGAUGGCAUUGAUGAUGUUACUGUUCUUGUGAACUCAUCUCCCAGCAAACUGAUGGGUGCAAAUUUCCAUUAUGCCAAUGGCUUUUCGUCUGUCAGCAAUGCUGUGUUAUGUGCCAAGGCCUCCAUGCUUUUACAGAAUGUGCCUCCUGCUAUACUUUUGCGGUUUCUCCGGGAACACCGAUCAGAGUGGGCUGACAGUGGUAUUGAUGCAUAUUCAGCAGCUGCUAUUAAAGCUAGCCCUUGUAGUAUACCUAUGUCACGAGCAGGAAAUUUUGGUGGUCAAGUCAUCCUACCACUUGCUCACACAAUUGAACAUGAAGAGUUUAUGGAAGUGAUUAGGCUGGAAAACAUUGGCCAUUACCGUGAAGACAUGAUGAUGCCUAGUGACAUCUUCCUUUUACAACUUUGCAGUGGAGUGGAUGAGAAUGCUGUUGGUACUAGUGCUGAACUGGUUUUUGCACCAAUAGAUGCCUCUUUCUCUGAUGAUGCACCUCUUCUUCCUUCUGGUUUCCGGAUCAUUCCUGUUGAUUCCAAAGUGGAUCCCUCAAGUCCAAAUCGAACACUUGAUCUUGCAUCUACCCUUGAAGUUGGAUCAUCAGUGAACAGGGUACCCGGUGAACAAAACAAGCAUUCCAGUAGCGCAAAGUCAGUUAUGACAAUAGCAUUUCAGUUUGCCUUUGAGAUACAUCUGCAAGAAAAUGUGGCAGCUAUGGCUCGACAAUACGUCCGAAGCAUAAUAUCUUCUGUUCAGAGAGUGGCGUUAGCUCUCUCCCCUUCUAAUAUCGGUUCACUUCCAGGUAUCAGGCCACCACCAGGCACGCCUGAAGCACAAACACUAGCUCGCUGGAUCUGCCAAAGCUAUAGGUUCUUUUUAGGUGUGGAGUUGCUCAAACCUGGUAGUGAAGGAAGUGAAUCAAUCCUCAAAACUCUUUGGCAUCACUCUGACGCUGUCAUCUGCUGCUCAUUGAAGCCGUUGCCAGUUUUCACGUUUGCAAAUCAGGCAGGACUGGAUAUGCUAGAAACUACUUUAAUUGCACUUCAAGACAUUACUCUGGAGAAGAUAUUCGAUGACAACGGGAGGAAGACGCUAUUCUCUGAGCUCCCUCAGAUUAUGCAGCAGGGAUUUGCGUGUCUCCAAAGCGGGAUCUGCAUGUCGAGUAUGGGAAGGCCUAUAUCUUAUGAGAGGGCUGUAGCUUGGAAGGUGUUGAAUGAAGAAGAAAAUGCGCACUGCAUAUGCUUCAUGUUUGUUAACUGGUCUUUUGUUUAACUUCUUAGGAGACAAAUCUAGGCUUUAAAUUAAGUCAUAUUUAGAAGGAGAAACAUCAAUCACAUUUUGUCCUAAUUCGUAGACUGGCCUGGUUGAAUUACUCUGCCCCAAACGUUGGAAUAUAUUCUGACUUAUAUCCUAAGUUUAUGAACCUUGUUACAUCUCCAAAUUUUCGUUUACUACGAUCUGGAAAUUGGUUGAACUUGGAGAACAGGUCUUUUACUCCUUUCAUCCUAAAAUAAUCAUCGGAAUCCUCAACUUCAGUUGAUAAUUUAUCAAAUUUCUAAGUGCAACCAGUUGAAUUCCCAGUUGAUAAUUUGUCAAAUUUGUGAAGUGCAAACUGUUGCAUUCCAAGUCACACAAUUUUAAACUUAGUACUCCUUUUGGCCACCACAAAUAAGACAAAACAUAAUUCAAUUAUGAUAGGAAGAAAUCAAAUGUUAUUUUUAAGAAAUGUCAAAUAAUCUUCAAC